UUUUAUUUCAUUUAUUUAUUUUCCAUGUAAACUUAUAAUAAUAGUAUUCCUUUUGAGCUAAGCUAACUACUAUUCAUGGAUGUGAGUUUUGAGUUUUGAGGAUUUAAACUCCUUGAGAUCGAGUGCAGUUCCGCUUCCGUCCACUAGGAGGCAGCAUUGUCAAACAAGAAAAACCUUUUUAAUACAGAAAACUGUGACCCAGAGGGUGGACAAACUCUGGUCCUCUUUCUUAAUAUAAAGACAGCCACACCAGUCAGUUUAAGAUCAUUUGCUCUACUUAGUUUUUCUACAGGCUUCAUCGAUGGGACUCAAGAUGACAGAAAACAAAAAGGAAAACUGACAGGAGGCCCAUGCCUGAGUUGUUGUGCAGACGUGGGCAUCAUGUGGUCUACCGGCUCACCCCGACAGGAUGUUCAGUAUCUCACACAUCUCACACAUCAGUAUCUCACAUCUGCUACUUCUUCUGUGUCUGUUGAAGCUUGCUUGAUGUUUUUUUUCCCCUUUUCAGCAUGAACUGUAACCUCCCUCUGUACAGUUUUCACACUUUUAUGAGCUAUUAUGCAAACUCCUACAGAGAGUCAUUUCUCCUUUUUCUAAUUGGGGGUUUCCGUCCCCUGUUCUGUGAAUUCACAUUAAUAAUCUACAGAGAAAAGAAGGCAGCUGUUUUCCAUCCACAGCUCAGACUGCCCUCCUUCAUGUCUUUGAAGAAGAGGCGAGUUCUGCCCUGAAAUCUUCACCCCGAUGUGACCGAACGGAUGGGAGAGGAGCAGCCAUGAAUUUCCCUUCCACAGGAUUUGUCGUCUUCCUUCUCUGCCUUCCAGCCAUGCAGAGUGAGGAGGGUUGGAGAUUGACCUACGGCCCCCCUCACAACAUCUGUGCUGCAAAGGGGUCCACGGUGGAGAUCCGCUGCUCUGUAUCCCCGACGCUCGGAGAAAACGUCACGGGGAUCAGAGUGUUCUGGUUCGCCCAAUCGGCCCUGGGGGCCGUGGACCUGACCACGCGGCCGGAGUACGCGGGCCGCGUGCAGUACGGCCGGGACGGGGACGCGUUCACUCUGAGGGUCUGGGACCUGAGGGUCAGCGACUCGGCCGAGUACAGGCUCGGCCUCACAACGAACCCGCCGCGGGCCGGGGUCACCGGCACUACAGGAGUCCAACUGAGCGUCACAGACCAAGCAGAAGUGCAGAAAAAAGGGCAGUACCUGGAGUGUCACAGCAAUUCAUCAGACAGCGUGUCCUGUGCUGUCAGAGGAAUGGAGGACCUCCGUCCACCUUCAGUCUGUGUGGAGAGCAAAUACUGUCACAGAGUGUUUUACCCCAAUAGAAAAAUCUGUGCAUUCAAAGGCUCCUCUGUGAGCAUUUCCUGCAUCCACACCUAUCCCUGGAGCGGUUACAACAAAUUGUGGUUCCGCCGUGCUCACAGUCAUCAGACAUCAGCUCCCUCCCAACCUACGGACCUGAAAAAGGACCCCAACUAUUCCGGCCGUGUUGAAGUGGAAAGCUCCGACUCAUCAUCCGCUCUGACAAUAAAAGAUCUGAAGGACAGCGAUUCAGCCGAAUAUUACUUCACUUACAGCACACCGUGGGCCACUUGGGGGAGUGAUCUACGGGGAACCACUCUGACAGUGGCAGCUCUGCAGGUGCGGCUGAUGGCCGUCCACGUCUCCGAAGGUUACACUUUUGCUCAGCUGAAGUGCGACAGCAGCUGCAGCCCCGCCGACCCGCACUCCUUCAUCUGGUUCAACGAUGACCGGAGGAUCCAGGGGGAGACGUCCGCCCACCUAAACCUGCUCUAUCUUGGAGGCAGAAUCUCCUGCGCCGCCGAUGGAUCUGAGAAGCACAGAGCUCCAGCGGUGUAUGCUCCAGACUCCCCUUUUGUGUCGGUGAAUGUCUCGGGGGACAUCGUGGCGGGCGACGUGGUAACCCUGACCUGCACCACUGACGCUAACCCAGCAGCUGCAUACAGCUGGAACAAGAGGAACAAGAGCUGCGAGCUUCAGCCUCCCAGUGCGGACCCCCGGCUCGUCUUCCCCUCCAUCCGUCCCUCCGACUCCGGAGAGUACUACUGCACGGCCCAGAACAAGCUGGGCAGGAGGGCAUCUGGAUACGUGCUUGUUGAUGUAAAAUAUGCUCCCAGGCCCCCCUCUGUGUCAGCCAGCCCCUGUGCACAGAUAGUGGAGGGCGGCUCAGUCAAUCUGAGCUGCAGCAGCGAUGCUAACCCAGCUGCUAACUAUUCCUGGUACAAGGAGGGGGAGGACUCACCGGAAGUCUCGGGCCAGACGCUCACCAUUGUCAAUGCCGGUCUAAAACACGGCGGGACUUACUACUGUGAGGCCCACAACGGCAGAGGGCGUCAAAGAUCUGGCUUACAUCUGGUCAUCGUCUCAAUUCCAGGCUCCAUGCACUCCGCUGUUUCUGGCUCCAUCACGGUUGUGUUUCUGGCUGCUGCCGGACUACUUGCCUUCAUAUUUUGGAGGAGACGGACUUCGAACAAGCCCUCGGAGGCAGGAGACAGUGCACAGGAAACUGUUGCUGUGUCGGCCGCUGCUCCCGGCAGGCCGGCGGAGGGACAGGACAGCCUCCCCUUCGCCUCCGCGCAGUUCCACAACAACCAGGAAGACUCUCUCUACUCGAACGUGGUGCUGGAUCAACAGAGGAGGCAGAAGCCAAAAGAGGGGGAGGUGGUGUACUCGCUGGUCAACUUUGACAGGCCACGCCGACAGUCUUCAGAGGACCCGUCCGCCCUGUACAGCACCGUGACCACAGCUUGAUGCUUUUGUAGUGUCCAAAGCUCACAGUGAAGCACAGACUGUUCUGUUCGUAGAGCAUAAACAUUUGUGUGGGGAGAAUGCUCAAGCUAU